UGGCAACGCUAAUACCUGCGACACGUGCGAGAAUUUUGUUUAUUAUAUUUUCCCCGCAUGUAUUUUGACUAAGGCAGAAAAUAAAAUACCCAUAAACUAAAAGACCAAAAAUGAAGUUUUCAUUCAAAUUUACAAAUUUGAUGGGCACCAUUUACCGGAAUGGAAACUUGGCCUUUUCUCCGGAUGGAAAUUCUGUUAUUAGUCCUGUGGGCAAUCGGAUAACGGUGUAUGACUUGAAGAACAACAAGUCGCGAACAUUGUCGGUGGAGUCGAGAUACAACUAUACCAACAUUGCUCUUUCGCCAGACGGGAGCUUGCUAAUCGCUGUCAAUGAACGUGGCGAAGCACAACUUAUCAGCAUGAUAUCCUGCACCGUUAUACAUAGCCACAAGUUCAAAAGUGGCGUCCAGUGCAUAGUCUUUAGUCCUGACGGAGCAUAUUUCGCUGUGGCUCAAGGCAACGUUGUGCUCAUUUUUUGCGCCCCAGGCGAAAUAACAGGCGAGUACAAUCCUUUUGUGCUGAAGCGACAUUUCAUAGGUGGUUAUGACGAUGUUACGUGGUUGGAUUGGUCACCGGAUUCCAGUUUGUUGGCCAUCGGCUGCCGUGAUAGCUCCACAAAAAUUUGUGCAGUUAAAUUUUUUAAAAAUUUUCGUACAACAAGUCUCAGCGGCCACACAGACGCUAUAGUUGCCUGUUUCUUUGAAGCAAAUAGCCUCCAUUUGAAUACUGUAAGUAGGAAUGGACAGCUUUGUCUCUGGGAAUGCAGUUUGGCGCCUUCGGACUUGACAGAAAAAACAAGAAAUGAGAAUGCAGAGCCUCAGCGUAAAAAAAAGCCACCCACCACUGCUGCUGGUUCAGGCAAUGAGUCCGAAGAUGAUGUGGACAAUGUCAUAGAAAAAACAGAUACCCUGGCAGUGCCAGAUGAUGAAAAUGAAAUCAAAGAUGAGAGCGUUAGAAAAGCACAUCCAUUUUUCUACAAGAAGCUCGCACGCCACUAUUUGGCCAAUGAACCUAGGAAAGAGCAUCGUGAUGCUCUGCUAACUGCAGCCAACUAUAACCCGCGGACUAAGGUAAUGGUGGUAGCAUUUAGUACUGGAGCGUUCUACCUCUACGAAUUGCCUGACGUGAACAUGAUUCAUUCGCUAAGCAUCUCAGACUAUCCCAUAUCAACUGCGCUGUUUAAUAGUACGGGAGAUUGGUUGGCCUUGGCAUCGCGCGAAAUUGGCCAACUGCUGGUAUGGGAAUGGCAAAGCGAGCAAUAUAUUAUGAAGCAGCAGGGGCACAGCAGUGAGAUGACUUGCAUUGCAUACUCAUCGGAUGGCCAAUAUAUUGCUACAGGAGGCGAGGACUCGAAGGUAAAACUUUGGAAUACACAAAGUAGUUUCUGUUUCGUCACCUUUAGUGAACACACUAGCGGAGUUACCGACGUCCAGUUCAGUCGCAACAAAAAGUUUCUUGUUAGCAGCUCAUUGGAUGGCACUGUCCGUGCCUUCGAUAUCACCAGGUAUCGAAAUUUUCGUACUUUUACAUCCCCAACACCGGCACAAUUUGCUUCCGUUGCACUUGAUUAUUCUGGCGAACUAGUUGUAGCAGGUGGUCAGGAUGUGUACGAAAUUUUUUUGUGGUCUGUAAAGACGGGAAAACUGUUGGAAGUAAUCAGUGGGCACGAAGGUCCAGUCUCUUCUCUGGCCUUUUCGCCAUCGGCCAUUUCUUCAACACUUGUUUCUGGAUCAUGGGAUAAAACUGUGAAGAUUUGGAACUGUUUGGAAAGCAAUAGUGAACAUGAAUCCAUUGACGCACUCGCAGAUGUGACAAGUGUAGCAUUCAAUCCAAAUGGUGAAGAAGUUGCAGUUGCCACACUCAGUGGAAACAUAAUUAUUUUCGAUGUAAAAUCGGCCACGCAGGUGAACACAAUCGAAGGACGCUACGAUUUGGGCAGCGGACGUUUGGAGACAGACAUUAUAACGGCCAAAAAAAAUGCUGAGGCUAACUACUUUUCCACAAUUGAAUAUUCAGCUGAUGGUGAAUGUCUAUUGGCGGCAGGCAAAUCGCCCAAUAUUUGUAUAUAUCAUGUGCGCGAGGCUAUAUUGUUAAAGAAAUUUGAGAUAACAAAAAAUCAGAGCCUGGAUGGUCUAAAUGAGUUCAUCAGCCGUAAGCAUAUGAGUGAUUUUGGUAACAUGGCUUUGAUCGAGCAACGUGAAGAACUUGAAGGGGGCAAGGUGGCUGUGCGGUUACCGGGCGUACGAAAAGGAGAUAUGUCUGCGCGUCGAUUCCAGCCCGAAGUAAGGGUGUUCUGUGUACGCUUCUCACCCACCGGACAAGCCUUCGCAGCCGCGGGCACUGAAGGAUUGUGCAUUUAUGCGCUAGACAAGGGUGUUGUUUUCGAUCCCUUCGAUUUGUCACUGGAAGUUACACCAAAGGCCACGCAUGAAGCCCUAAAUAAUAGAGAAUAUACAAAAGCACUUAUAAUGAGUUUAAAAUUAAACGAUCCAAAUUUGAUUGCCUUAGUAUUGGAACGCAUACCCUAUAAAGACAUUGAACUAAUUUGCGCAGAUCUAUCCAAUGAUUUCGCCCACCGCUUACUCCAAAAUCUGGCCCGCAUGCUGCAAUCUUCGCCCCACAUAGAAUUUUACUUGCAAUGGUGCUGCUGCUUGCUAACUAGCCACGGGAAUCGUGAUAGCGCGUUUCAAAACCCCGCCUUGCUGGCGCUCCACGAAAGUAUCUCACGCAAAUAUGAGAUGCUAAAUAAAAUCUGCGACUUCAACAAGUACACUCUGCGCGUGCUUUUGGACACUGCAAGGGAGCGCGAAAAUUCGAACCAGACUAAUGGUGAUAAAACAGCAAUGGAUGAGAGUGAUAGCGAUUCAGAAAUGUUGCUUAUAAGAACACAAGAUGAAGGAUCUUUGAAAUUACAGUUUAGUGACGAGAAUGAAGACGACUCGGACGAGGAUGACGUUAGUGAAAAUGAAGAUGCAAAUUAA